GCUGUUUAGUAUGUGUUUUUUUUUUAGACUGGUGCUAGUCGGUCAACACGUGGAGAGGAGAGACUGACUUUCCACAGGGACACGUUUAAAAAACCAACACUCUGACAUUAUACUAGUGUUGCUCUCAUCGUGGCGGUGCCAAGGACCCUAAAAUACUGUGUAGCUGCUAGUGUCCUGAGGAAAUGCCGCUGAGGUUUCGCUCUGUUGUGCCGUACACACUGCCCGGAGUCCUUGCACUGAUCGGCUGGUGGUGGUACAUCUCGCGGAAGAAAGAGCGGUUCAUCAGCCAUGACAGCCCAGAGGGGGGUCCAACCAAUGUGGCCCUUAGAACCUCUCCAUCAGAGGGUAGCAAUGGUUUGGUUGAGAAAGGCACUGUAUCUCCUACAAAUGACACUGACACCCACAGACCUCCAAAGGUCAAUAACCAGAGAACAGAGCAGGAAAAUAGCUCUCAGAUCCUUGUCCAGGACAUCGAAGGACCAACUUCACUGGAACAAAGUUAUGGAGAAGCUGCCCAUCACCUUGGCAGAAUAAGACGAGAGGAAGUUGAUAAACCCACAGUCUCAAGUAUAACACCACCUGGUGAGGAAGAGAGCCUUCAGGUGUCCCUGAAAGACCAUGAAGAGCUGCAAAAAAGUCCAGCAUCUACCUUGCCAACAGAGCCAGACAACCAUCUAAUGACAGAUCCAAACUCUACUUCAGAAGCCACAGUGGAAGAGGUCAUCUUGCCCUGCCAGUCUACCAAAGUCACCAGCUCCUCACCCACAAAUGCACACCUUUCUGAUGCAGAGAGGCCUGAGCCAGAGGGGGAAGUUGCAAAGCACCUCAACACUAUUAGUACACAGGAUGAGAUGGUUGUUUGUGCAGUCACCCCAGCCAAAGUGCAGAGAGUGAUCUCAUCAGAGGCUGAUUCUCUAGAGACACCCACUUCAGUGCAAGAUUUACACCAACACAUUCUGACCAGCACACCUACCUCCCCGGUUACAGCCCCUGCCCCAGCCCUGACCUCCACAGCCCUGACCACAAUCCAAGACUGCACCACCAAAGCAGUGACUCCAGAAGACGUCCAGGUACGCAGCAGUGGAGAGGAGCAGGAUCUGGAGCUUCUGGCAGCUGGGCUCAUAACUGAGGUCAUCUCGGCAGCCACCCAGGAGGUCCUUGGUGUCACCAGCUGCCAGGUCACAGACAAAAGCCACCCUGCCUGCGGUAGCAGCACACCACUGGCUAGCGGCAGGCUCUGCUCCCAACAGGAGCUAAUUACAGCAACACAGCAGCAGCACCACCUUUUGACAAGUCUCUCUCAGAUUGGCUGUGAGUCUGCAGAAGUAGAGGCAACACAGAAGGAAGAGCAAGGGAUGCCUAAUGGAUGCACCUCUGCCUCAGUAUGGGAGCCUGUUGAGGUCAGUCACAGGGUUCAUCAGACAAACAAUGCACAGAGAGGCCAUUGGCCAGCACCAUCACACCAAGCAGCACAAAGUGCCCCUCUGCUAAACACGAAACUGAAAGGCGAUGAAGCAGCCACGUUAGCCGAGGACUCAGCCUGCAGCACAUGCCACUCUGAGGAUGGCAUCAGCAGCGAGGACCUCCAGAACAGCGGAUUUGACAACCAAAUGGAUGUGAUCCAGGUUACAGACUUGUCAGCAAGAGAAGCAACACAGCCUCAGUCACUAGUUGAGUCAGCCACAGAGGCAACGGUUUUGGCCUUAACUGAAGAAAACUCAGUGGAUGCUGUAUGUGAUGUAAAGAGGCUUGAUGGGAUAGGCCUGAGGAAUGGAGCUCAUGGGACAUGUGAGGUGGAGACGGACCAGUCUGGAGGUUCUGAUGUGAACAGUAUGGACUCAGUGGACAGUGGCUGCACUAUGGGUGCUGGGGAAAGCCAGAGCAACCACACUGCCUCCUCGAGCUCUGAGCUCAUCGUCUGGGAGAUUGAGGUGCCAAAGCAUCUUGUAGGGCGGUUAAUCGGGAAGCAGGGGAGAUAUGUGAGUUUCCUGAAGCAGAACUCUGGUGCAAAGAUCUACAUCUCCACCCUGCCUUACACACAGGAGUUCCAGAUCUGUCACAUAGAGGGUACGCAGCAGCAGGUUGACAAAGCCCUGUCACUGAUUGGGAAGAAGUUUAAAGAUCUGGACUUGACCAACCUUUAUGCACCUCCACCACCCCCUCUCACAUUGCCAUCACUUCCCAUGACGUCCUGGCUCCUUCUGCCCAGUGGUGUGACUGUUGAAGUGAUUGUGGUGAACAUCGUGUCAGCCGGUCACGUCUUCGUCCAGCAGCACACCCAUCCCACCUAUCACGCCCUACGAAGCCUAGACCAGCAGAUGUUCCUCUGCUACUCUCAGCCGGGCACCCCCGCCCUGCCUUCACCUGCUGAAGUUGGUGUAAUCUGUGCGGCUCCAGCGGUGGAAGGAGCCUGGUGGAGAGCUCAGGUCAUCACCUUCUAUAAAGAAACAAAUGAAGCGGAGAUUAGAUAUGUCGACUAUGGCGGCUAUGACAGAGUCAAGAUCGACUCACUACGGCAAAUAAGGUCUGAUUUUGUAACAUUACCGUUUCAAGGGGCUGAAGUAUUGCUUGAUAACAUCGCCCCUCUUCCAGGAGAGGAUCGUUUUUCACCGGAGGCCACAUCAGCGUUGGAGGAGAUGACCAGGGGGGUGGCGUUGCUUGCACAGGUCUCAAAUUAUGAUAACAACACAGGCCUGCCACUGGUCCACCUGUGGAACAUGGUAGGAGAUGAGGUGGUUUCAGUGAACCGCACGCUGGCUGAGAGGGGCCUGGCUGUUUGGGUGGAUGGAUUUUGAACUCCUAACAUGCUCUGACCUCCACACCCCCACCCCCACCCCUAUAUUCUCUUGUGAUCAGCAGUCUGGGACCCAGGUUACUGUGGGUUCCCAGCCCCACCAGACGCACCACUGAAUCUAAGAAGAUUGUUUUUUCUUUCAUUUCUUUUUUUUUUUUCUUUGCCCCGUCCCCCCCCCCUCCUUUCAAAAGAAAUUAAAAAGUGUUUGCAGGCUUAAUUUACAAGAACACAGCAUUGCUUCAAAAUAAGACAACCUUCCCUCUUGUUCUUGUAAACAAAAACAACUUAAAGAAGGAAAGGAAGAGGUACUUGUAAAUUUUUAAAAAAAAAAAUCUAUAUUGUAACUAAAUAAAGGUUUGACAGAUAUUUUUUUCCUCCCCCAUCCUACCUUACCUUUUGCUCUGGGCCUUUUCACACUGACUGGAUCAUCAUGCUGUGUGGAAGGACAAACAUCAGACUAUGUAGACACUUGUAAACAGUUUCAUUGACAUCUCGGCUAUACUCUGCUAUGCUCUCGUCUGUAGGUCAGUACAUUUCAAAGUUGAUUUAGCAGAUUUUUUUCGGCUUCUUGUCUGGAUAGAAUGUGGGAGGCAGAAAGGCUGUAGAGACUGGCAGGUGAUAGUGCUGCAAAAUCCCCUGGUGGAGCACCGAGCAGCCAAAAGGGCAGGAAAACCCCCUCUGAGAUAUGGACUUCUCUGGGGUCUCCAUCCAGAGCUGCUGAUGCUGCACCUCCAACUAGGACAGAGGAUGGAGCAGCUCGCCAUUCCUGACUUUCCUCCACCAACUUGUACUGCAUUAGAGAGGAGCCAGACAUGUUCACCUACCAGACUAAAUGCAGUUGAACAGCCCUGCAAAUUGGAGCUGCAAAAUUUAUUAAGAUGCAUUUUCUUGACAAAAAUGUCUGCAAGGCAGCAUCCACUUGUUGAUGAUACAGAUCAUAAUGUAGGAACUGUUUGUAAUCCUCAAAUGACACAUGUUCUGUUUUUUAAGGACUGACAUUAACGUAAAGAUCACUCCUUGAUUCUGUUAUAGCGCAUAGGAAAUUCAGGGGCUCCUUUAAAAAGAAAAAAAAAAAUUCUUCCAACUCACCUGUUGAUGUUGAAACUCAACAGUUUUACAUUUAGAGGCACUAUUACAGAGUUGGAGUGCAUUUUUAACUCUAUCAGAACACACAGUAACACACGGUUUAACAUCUAAAUCUGAAGGGAAACAAAGCUGCUAGAGGUGUGUAUUGACUAGUCUUCACUGAAGUAAUAUUAGUUGUGACAAUAUUUCAUGUUGGUCAGAUUACUGUAUGUGUCAUGCCUAUUCUCUGACUUUUUAACUAUCCCAAAGAAAUCAGGAAUUUCUGAACUGGGAAGCAGCAUCAACACACUACUUCUGAUUGAUUUUUGUCAGGAGUAGAGAGUUUCAGUAUGAUGGCAGAGUGCUGCUGUUUAUCCUGAGGCUCUGAGGAAACCACUAAAAACUGACGUGGGAAAGGAACACUACACAAGAUUCAGUCUGCAGUGCUGCUCCUCAGUGUAGACCUGAUAUUAACUCUGUUCAUCUAAAUCCAGUCUGUGUCCUCAGUAUGCAUGGUGAACCGGCCCAGGAGCACCUCUGCCCUGUGCUCUUCACUGUGGACUUGUUUACCCUGACUGUUAAAUCAGUCUGAAUCACCUGUCAGCUUUUGAAGUGCAGUGUGAUGCAGUACAAAGCAAGGCCCUGUUCUUCAUAUGUGGAUAAUUAAGUAAACCUGAUCUGACAUAAAAAUGUUCAAUUCUUUAGGGCUGCUUUAAGAUUUAUCUGGAGCUGUUGUCAUAGCAACAAAUCCUCAAACCCAAACUUGAGAAAUGAUAAUAUCAAAUUCAGAUUUCAGAUGAGAACGUUAACAUGACUAUUAAGAUUCAUCAAGAUAUGUAAUUAUCAUCUUAAUUUUUGCCUCUAUUCCAAAAUAAGAGCACAGUGUUGCACAGCAUGAGCAGGAUCAUGUUAGCCUCAGGGGUGUUUCAUGAUGAAGGCUCAGCUGGGUUCAUUGUGAAAACCAGGCUGGAGUUCACCUAAUAAACUUUCAACUUAAGCCCAACUCAUAGCUGAUAUAGUCAGAUUGAUUGAAACAUGGUUUAAGAUCUUAGAUUUGAUGCACAGAAUUCACAGUGAAGAGAACUGACAUGGAAAGAGACAGCAACGAUAUGGGAAGGGCAGGAGGGCUAGAUUUCUAUGAUAACUUGAUUUACUGUAGUAAGCCUGGUUUACCUGGUAAUCAUGUUCUCUGAAACACCCCUCUGGAUUUGUUCAAGCACAUUUGAAGAACGGGGCCUUGAUGAGCUGGGAGAUCAGUCCAUGCUGUUGGUGUCGUGAAGUCAGACCUUCUCUGUUUGCACUAGAUUCAGCCUAAAGGGGCUCAAUGCACCCUGUAAGGGAGUAAUUUCCAAGAUGACUAAUUCUGAAUAACAUUAACUUCACAUAUUUCAUAUUUUUUAUUGAGUCUCUGUUCAAUGGAAAUGAAAACACUGUUACUCUAGCAAUAAGGCAGCUUUAUUUUGACAAGUUGAAGGACAGAAUGGGGAAAUGGGGGGACUUUAAGUGUUAGAUUUCACAACUAAGAACUAGGAAAGGUAACUGCAUAAUUGUUCUCAACAUAACAGGUAAACAGCACUAUACAAACUCCUCAAUAAUGCAUAACUUCAAUAAUGUAUCUCAGGAAUGGUUCAUUAGGUGGUUGACUGGUGAAUCAAUGUGCCUGAGGGCAACUGAUGGAGGAAAGAGGGAUGAUUGUGCUUGAAAACAUAAUUCACAUGCAAAGUAAAAGAGACAUUGCAACACAGUUGCAUACAAAAGAUAUGAGAUCUUGAAGAAGGCGUCCAUAUGUUGGUGCUGGAAUUGGAGCAGUAGCCAUAUUGAUUGAUUGUUGGCUUGAGUGCAUUCUUCCUCUCUGUUUCACAUGAACUGUCUGCUCCUGUCUUUCCUUGUUUUGUUUUGUUUUUUGUUUUUUUUUUCAAAACCAGAUUAAAAAUGCCAUACUGGUAAAGUUCCUCCCUUCUAAGACAACGAUCCCUGCUGCCCAGAAUCCCUCACCUACACCUAAAAAAAACAAACUGUUUGAUCAAAGUAGAGUUGUUCAUUUCUCUGUAAAUAAGAUAUUUGACUGUACUUUUCUAUAACACUGGAGAGAAAGAGAUGGAAUCUAAAGGGAACAUAAUUGUUUUUCUUCUGUUUGGUUUGUUUUGGUUCAUCCUGCCCCCCUUCUUUCAGUCACUCAUGUUCAUGUUCUCAAGCUGUGGGACUGAUUUUUAAGUGUUUGCAUAGCUAGACAAGUCAUCAUUUGAUUAUUUAAAUGUGUGUUAAGCUAUUGUGCCCAAAAGCAUUUAACAUGUACAGAUCAGUUUUUGCUAGGCUCAUCUUAAGUUUGAUUUCUUGAUUGUACAGAUCUAUUAGGGAGAAAAUAAAAGUUAUUGAAAGUG